AGCCGGAUCGAGGAGCACUCGUGCAUUUUUAUUUCCAUUCGAUUCAUUCAUAUAUACAUCGCUGAUUCGAUCAUCCUUGAUCCCUCCAAUCUUCUUCCUCUCUUGAUUUUCCCUCUCUCGCGAAUUCGGCGAUGGCGGCCAGCUCGUGGGUGGAUCGCAUGCGCGGCGUGUAUGGAAUGCCGCUGCUGGCGCUGAUCGGCGUGGGGUUUUGGGUGCAGGGAUUCCGGUGCUUCCCGUGGCUGGCCGUGAAUUACCAUCUCAAGGACGAUCUCCAGCUGAAUCCGGGAAUGCUCCAGUUCUUGCAGCAAAGCACCAAUUUGCCAUUUCUUGCCAAGCCACUCUACGGCGUUGUCUCCGACGCCAUCUACAUCAAUGGAGCUCACCGGGUUCCAUAUCUUAUCUUCGCAGGCCUGAUACAACUUCUCUCGUGGGGAAGUAUCGCGUUUCUCCCCAAAGUCGCCAACUCGAUCGGCCUCCUCGCGCUCUACCUCACUCUCAGCAACUUUGGCGUCGCCAUUGGCGAGGUCGCAAACGAUGCUCUGGUGGCCGAGUGUGGCAAGCGACGGGGGAGCUCCCCAGGUGAGCUCCAGUCCUUCUCAAUGGUCGCCUUUUCGCUGGGGGCAACGCUGGGGAACUUGCUGGCCGGGGUAGCACUGAGUAAGCUCCAAACCACGACCAUUUUCUCGAUGUUCCUCAUGGUGGUGACGCUCAACUUUGCCGUCUCAUACUCCGUCAGCGAGAAGUCGGUGGUUGCAUCGCAGGAGGUCGCUGCAAAGGGUGACAACGACAAGGAUCAGCCAAGGAAACAUAAACGCAAAAGCAUGACACAACAGGCUGUGGAGAUGGCAAACCUGGUGAAAAGGCCGGACAUACUCCGUCCACUUCUCUGGUUCACCUUGUCGGUCACCAUCAUCCCUUCGUUGCUCGGCAGCGUCUUCUACUAUCAAACCCAGGUUCUCCGCGUCGACUCGUUCUACCUCGGCCUCUCCAAGGCCGUGGCUCAGCUCGGGCUUCUUUUGGCUUCUAUAUCCUUCAACAGCUACCUCAAGGACGUUCCACUCGCGAAGCUGGCCGCAAGCAUCCAGAUCGUUCUAGCUUCCUCGAUGCUCCUCGAUGUUCUCCUCGUCAAGCGGCUCAACUCGCGGCUGCUGGGCGUGACGGACGAGUACUUCGUGCUCUUGUUCGCGGGACUAGUUGAAGCCAUAGGCCUGUUCAAGGCUCUUCCCUUCGCGGUGUUGCUGGGAAAGAUUUGUCCACCGGGAGCCGAGGGGACGCUCAUGGCUGUCUUCUCGGCCUGCCUGUGCCUGGCCAACCUGGCGAGCGGAUACUUUGGAGUUGCUCUCGCUGCGCUACUCGGUAUUUCUUCACAGAACUUCGACUACUUGGCGCUGGGGAUUGUUGUAGAGGCUGCAUUCACGCUCGUGCCGGUGUUCUUCACUGGCGCCUUGCAACAACAACGGCUGAAGAAAGAAGAAUAGACUCUGGAACUGAGAAGUGUAAAUACUGAGAUGGAAAAUAAGUAAAUUACCUAUCAUACAAGUACAAGUUCCAUUGCUCA